GACCCCCCCAUUCCCCUCUGUUUCCCCCCAGGGGUCUCCUCCGGGCCGUGCCCCCUUUCUCAAGGGCCCUCAUAUGGAGUGCAGUGCAGGAUCUGAUGGCACCAAAGGGAACGGAACCCGAUGAAAGCAUUCACAGCUUCGCCCGGCGCCGUUUUGGGGCAGAGGUGGCCGACGUGGCUGUGGACAGUCUGUGCAGGGGGGUGUUUGCUGGGGAUUGUAGACAGCUCAGCAUCCGUUCCUGUUUCCCUGCUCUGUUCCAGGCUGAGCGCACGCGGCGCUCUGUGCUGCUGGGGUUGGUGAUGGGAGAGGGACGUCCAGGUGGGGCCACGUCAGCGUUGCUCCUGAGGGCACGGGCAGAACGUUGGACGCAGUGGGGGCUGAAGGGGGGGAUGCAGACCCUGCCUGAAGCCAUCGCUGCCUUCCUGCAGCCACGCCGUGCUGAGCUGCUGCUCCAUGCAGAGCUGCAACGCCUGCAGCUGCAGCACAACGGCACCUGGCAGGUCACCCUACCCGACAGCACCAUCACCGCAGACCACGUCAUCAGCGCGCUCCCCGCUGCAGCCCUGGCACGGGUGCUGCCCCCCGAGGCUCAACCAUUGGCACAUGAGCUGACCCACAUCCCUGCAGUGACGGUGGCCGUGGUGAACCUCCAAUAUCGCGACGUGACGCUGCCCGUCACGGGUUUUGGGCAUUUGGUGCCUUCCUCUGAGGAUGAAGCACUGCUGGGCAUUGUCUAUGAUUCCGUGGCGUUUCCGCAGCACGAUGGCACUGGGAGCCCCUCCGUGCGGCUGACGGUGAUGCUGGGAGGCUCCUGGUUCCACCGAAGUUUUGGGGAUCCCACAACAGCCCCCAAAGCUGUGUUAUUGCAGCGGGCGCAGCGGGCAGUGAAGGAGCAACUGGGGUUGGUGGGGACCCCGGUGAGGUCCAUGGUCAGAGUGCAACAGUCCUGCAUCCCGCAGUACACGCUGGGCCAUUGGCAGCGUAUGGAGCGCAUCGGGCGCUUGGUGGAGGAGCAGCGGUUGCCCCUCAGCCUCAUCGGCGCCUCCUACAGCGGGGUCUCCGUCAACGACUGCAUUGCCAGCGCCAAAGCGGCCGUGGGGAGGCUGCUGGGGGGCUGAGCCCCAUGACAGGGGUGUGAAACCCACCCUGAGGGGGUUGUGAGCCCCGUUAGUAAGGUGCUGAGCCCCACAGCUGGGGGCUGAGAGUCGUUAGUGAGGUGCUGAGCCCGGCAGUGGGAUCUGAGCCCCAUAUUGUGGGGGUUGAGCAUCGCGGUGUGGGGCUGGCUGACCCCAAGACAGCAGCAGCAAUGGGGCAAAAAGCUUUAGGGUGGUUUUCUUUUGAUUUUUUUUUUUGAUUUUUUUUUUUUUUUCCCUUUUUUAAUCGAAAAAGCCCCUUAGAAAGGCGCAGGGAGCAGCGAACAUCGAAUAAAUAACCUCACACCCACAGCAGAACCCGCAGCCCAGUGGGGGGGGAAAGAAGGGGGAGUGGGGCUGGGGGACCCCUGAGCCCAUCAGCGACGUCCUCCUGUGGGGCUGCCCCAUAGCGACCAGCAGUCCUGCAGCUCUAUGCGUGCUGAUCCCAUAGUCUCUCUCCAGCAAGGCAACAGCACCGUGUGCCGAGAGG